AUGCCUGUCAGUACCGGUGCCAAAAACCAUACAAUUGGCCAAAAGUCCCAUUUCAAAAGGCCAUAUACCAGGCCUUGUGAUGCAUGCGCACAUAAAAGAGUGCGUUGCGAUGUUGAGUUCAAGGUUGAUCGAAGGUGCACUAAUUGUCUAGUUCAUGGAAUUGAGUGUACAAACGUCAGAGUCAAACAGAGGUCUGGACCCAGAAAAAUUCACAAAAAAACCGAACAGGCUAUCAAAAGCCUCGUAGAAGGAAGUGGCGCGUUCAGCAAUUUCCGAUUAGCUACUCCGGCGGAUUACAGAUCUGAUCUUAUCAACCCUGCCACCUGUGAGAAGAGCUCAAUUUCGCUAAGUGAGAUUCGGCCAUACCUCAGAAUCUACAAAUCCCGAUACUAUGCGCUCUGGCCGGUCUUGUCGGUAGAUGACUGCCUGAAUCUUCUCAACGAAAGCGCAGUCCACAUAAACGAUACGGCAUUUUUCAUAUUGAACGCUAACAACGCGUCGUUGUAUGCUCUAUCAUGUGCCUUGUGCGCAGUUAUUGCAAGACAUACCACCUUCUGGUCCCAGGAAGAGUUUGAUACAAUGGCUCAUUUAGGGCUCAAAAGCUGCCCUCCGCCAGAAAUUUAUGUUAGAGAGGCAGAGAGAGCUAUAUACAUGUUUGACCUUGACGGUAUACUCACGGAAGAUCAGGUGCUUACUAGCUUUUUCUUGCAUAUAUACUUUUCAUCUCUUGAUGAGGACAACCUGCAGGAGCUGGUCUAUCUCCGACAGGCAAUCAGCUGCGCACAAAUGCUUCACCUUCGAGAUAGUGAGGUUUUGGGAGAAUCGCCAAAAGACACCUCCCACAGAUUCAAAAAAAUCUACUACUUGCUUCUCAUCACGGAGAGGUAUGUUUCGUUCAAGAAACAACUUCCAGUGAUUUUGGAGCCGACAAUGCCCCUUCCAAGUUUGGAAGACGAUGAAGCCCCGGAUCUUUUAUCUGGAUUCAUUGAACUUGCCCAAGUGUUCAGUGUUCCUGAUUGCGCUUUCUUUAACAAGUACUCGCUCCGUGGCACGACUACUACCCUCGAUCCUCUCAGCGAGAGUUUUGACCUGCUGUUCAAAAACGAGUGGAUUCAAGACGUGCAAACCAAGCUCUCCAGGUCCGUCGUUCAAGUGCGCAACCAGUCUCAAAAGGUCAACAUAUUAAUUUCACGAACAUGGCUGCAAUCAAUUGCCUGGCUGAUGGCUAAAGAUCGACUUCUUCUUAUGCAAACGACUGAUCAAGCGAAUUUCUUCGACCCGAGGUAUCCUACUCAUAUCGCAAAAGACUUUCUGAUACAGACUAAAGACAUGCCGUACGAGGCAUUUGAGACGAACGGUAGUGGUGUCAUCGUGAAACUAAGUGAGGUCGCCAACGCCUUGCAAACCUUCAUCCGAUUGGCUCCUCGAUCGCCCGAAACAGCUCUAGCGUUAGACGAGCUUGCAUACAUCCACGGAAUUAUCAUGCGGCAGAACUCCAACAGCUCGCUAGGGCCUCUUAUACACCCUAUCACUGAAACUUUGGAAGCCCGUAGGUUUGGAUUUUAUCGAAUUGGCUGGGACACUUCAUGCCCAAGAAUAGAGUCCGUAGAUUAUGAGGAAACUGCAAAUGACCAUGCGCCUGAAAACGUUGCCCCCAUUCCCGAGAACUUAAGUCUGACACCUCUUCUGAGCGAGUUCGAGUUUCCAAGGUGA